AGGUCAAUCAGUUCAAGCAACUCCGACCGCGAACCUACCCAUUUGUUGAAUCAUGGGUGCCGAGUGUAGCACUGUGACAGUGAACAAAGUGGAGCCUGACCUUUGCUGGAGCCGUCAUUCAGGCGAAGCAGCAAACUCCGGAAGGAAACGUGAAGAUUUCAAGAUGAGCAGAUUGAGCAGAAUGGAAACUACGGCAGACAUCACCAACUCGGGAUUUAUUCCCGAUGCAAGAACUCCCUCGGUGCAUGUCAUCCUGCCGCGAAGUAACAUCAAGGCGAAGACAAUGCCUGCUGCCUUUGGAACUUGCGCUGAGUCCUUUGGGGCCACUCUCCCCUUUGGAGCUGGCUCAGGCCAACAUGAUGCAAGCCUUUUUCCGAGCUCUGUCAGCACAAGCCCCGCAAGCACUCGGGCCAGUUCCUUGGAAGAUGAAGGAAAUUUGAGGCAAGCAUGCUCAAUGUCCAUGAGCAGCCAGUUGAGCCAAAUGUGCCGGGUGAAUCCCGCUGAUGUGAUCCUGAAGAAGGAACUCUGCACCACAUGCAAGAGCACGGUGUCCAUUGCGAGCUGGCAAGGGCGAUUUGUGGCUGCAAAGCAAUUGAAGAUGGACACGCAGUGUAGCCAGGAGGAGAAUGAGCUGAAGAUGAAGGAUUUGAUGAAUGAAAUUCAAGUUCUCAGCGAGCUCAGUCAUCCAUGCCUGGUUCAACUCAUUGGCGCAAGCAUUGACGUCAGGUCGCCAAUUCUGCUCACAGAAUUGAUGGAGAACCAAGAUGUUGAGACCUACAUGCUCAAGCAACGUAUCGCUUCCGUGGAUGGAUUCUGGAAGCCACGAUUUGCUUUGGCAAUGCGUUGGGCUUUGUCCACUGGUGCAGCCCUGGCUUAUUUGCAUGGCCGAGAGCACCCGAUCAUCCACAGGGACUUGAAGCCGUUGAAUAUGUUCCUGACAAAGGAUUUGGAGGUGAAGAUUGGUGAUUUCGGUUUGGCAAAGGUGAUGCCAUCGAGGCUGUAUGCAUGUACAGAUCAAGCACCGAAGAUGUCUGGAGGUGUUGGUACCUGGAGGUACAUGGCUCCGGAGGUUGUUCGGUAUGAACAGUAUGACGAGAAAGUGGACAUCUAUGCUUUCAGCUUGAUUAUUUACUUCAUUUUUUCAGGAAGGCAGCCUUUCUACUCGUUCGGAAAGGACCCUAGAAUGAUUUUGCGCGCGUACCGAGCAGGUGAGGAGCCUCGACCCUCGUUGAACUCUUCCGUGGGAACACGGGAGCUCCGUCACUUCCUGUCUGAGGCAUGGCAUGUAAAUGCCUAUGACAGGCCCUCAGCGCAGGAGUGUGUUCAGAGGCUCUCCGUCAUGGAACCGCCAAGCCUGAGGAAGACUAUGAAAGACUUGGCAUCGAUGUUGAAGAACAAGUCGAAGAGAGCUCGUGGCAGAACCAUUUGAUACAAUGCAUGCAACAACAUUUGUGCUACAAAUUAUUCCUCGGCUGUGGGUCGAACAUAUUGUAACGAGAACUUGGGCCC